AUGUUUUCUCACACAAUUCCACGAGUUGAGAGAGUGGAAGAGACUCAACAAGUGACUUUGACGCGGUGCCCAGAACGCACAGCUCGCAGGACAGACACCUGUGGAAUUUCUCAGAGAAACUCCCUGAAUCCCAUCCUGAGUGCUCCGCUCAGUCCGAGAUUCAUCACCACCAGCAAAGAUCUGGAGACUGGUGAGAUUGAGACGCACAUUGUGCCGCAGACGCCGGACUUGUUCGACCAAGAGACCGGCGAGCUGAAUGCCAUUGCGUUCCGCAAGACGAAAUUCAACAUCCCCAAGGCGUAUCUCAGGCAGUACGAGGAGGAGGAACCGUCGCGCUGCUCCGAUGUGUACACGCUCAGCAACAAGGAGCGCGUGAUGCACCUCAAGGAGGAGAUCAUUCUGGGCUACAACAAGACGUCGCACCGCAUGUUCCUCAUUCCGUCGCUCUUCCUCUUCUUCAGACUCACGGCCAUCUUCAUCAUCACGGUGGAGACACUGCUGCACAUCUGGGCGCACCGGCGCAACUCGCGCAACACCAAUCCCUGCAUCUACUAUCGCAGCCCGCUGCACGUGGUGUCGUCCCAGUUCUGCGCCAUCUGUCGCAGCGAGAGCUCCAUGAAGCGUGUGAAGAAGAUACAGGACGAGCGGACGCGCAUCCGGCGACUCCACCAGUUCGACUUUGUUACCAGAACGCUCACAUGAGCCUUUCCUGGCCCGGU